UUAAAGAAUAUUUGUUUCUCAACAAUACAUUUAUUGUGUAUUUGUAGUGGUUAUUCUUAUUACGAAUUCUUCAAGUUUUAACGUGCUAACGUUUUUAUCCACAGUCUAGAACAGUUAUCUUUAUUAACUUUUUUAAGUACGACGUUCUGUGGAAUCAUAACAAGUAGUUUUUUGGUGAAGUGAAUGACAAAAAUGGACUAACAUGGAAUAAUCGAAUUGGUGACUCUUAUAUCUAAAACAUGGAGGAAAAGACGGAAGAUUCAUUCCAGCUACACGUUAAUAUUAUGAAAUCGCAAUGUAUGCAGCAACUGGGUCAAGAAAUACACUCUGACACAGGUAAACCUGCAUGUCCCCAACUCGAGGAGGAACAUUUAUCAUCACCGGGGACAAAACGUGAAAAAGUAACUAAAGUUUGCGAUUUGUGCACAUUUGAUAACCUUCUAGAACCCGCAAUUGGUUUUUGUAUUAACUGCACUGAUUUUUUAUGCAAACGCUGCCUAGUGAAUCAUACGAGAAUAAAGGUUACACGUUCACAUGUAGUACUUCAAGGGGAUACAAUGCCUGCUAAUGCUGAACCAUUUCUUGGAUUGCGUGCCCUUGUGAAAUGUAAACUUCAUCCUGAAUACGACAUAGAAUUUAUAUGUGCUGAACACUCCACAAAUGUAUGUGCCAUAUGCAUCACAGAUAAACACCAUAAGUGUAAAUUGGACAAAUUGUGCGCCCCGAAUACCGGAGAUAAUCCUAAACAAGAUGUCGUAGUUGAAGAAAGUAUUUUGAAUCUAGAAUCGCAAAUAGAGCAAUUUGCUUCUAAUCGAGAACGAUAUUUGAAGCGCAUGCAGGAAGACAGGGAAAGAAUAAUAAAAGAAGCUCAAGAAAAUGCGAAAUUGUUGAUAGAGAAGAUUGAAACACACACUAAACUGUUGGAAGAUGAAAUCACACAAUUGGUGAACAAAGAAACUAAUAUCACUGAAUCGAACAUAAAUGAUGCCAAAAGUAUGUACACGGAGCUAAGAAGAAUAAAAGAUUUACAUGAAACCUCUCAUAAGUAUGGGAGUGCUAAGGAAUGCGUUCUUGCUGCAUGCCAUGUUGAUGCGACUUCCAAGGAAAUCGCGAGGAAAAUUACUCUUUUGGAAACGUAUGACGAUACGAAAUAUUUAAUUGACAUAAUUGAACAGUUACCUAGAUUUUCCAAUAUUUGCAAUAUUUCAUUGACCAUCGGGGAGAAAAGCAGCUCUGAAAUAGAAAAUGCGAGCGAUGAAGUUGUAGAAUUUCCUGAAUGUAAUGAAAUAAAUGAACAUUUGUUCAACCAGUCAGUGCGAGACAUUGGAAUCCAAUGUGAAUAUUUUAUUUCGAAAUGCAAUCAGGAAGUCCAGACAGUUGACAGGGGAUCUUUGUCUCCACCAACAGUACAAAAGGAUGAAUUACGUGCUGUGCAUUGUACAAUGUUUGAUGAAGCAACCCCAAGUAUUACAAAACCGUUUAUUGAACGGUUGGUUGGCGAGAAAUCGUCAUAUUACAUUGGGAACAACAGUGAUGCAUAUUUGUCCCGCAUUACAGCUAUUCAAAUAUUUUCUGAUGGGAAAAUUCUGUUGGCAGACAGAUCAAACAAAGCGAUAAAGUUGUUGUCAAGCGAUUUCGAGGUUAUUGACGAGUACACGCUUUCUGGGUCUCCACUAGAUGUAUGUCUAGUUGAUGAUGACAUCUACGUCUGUUGCUCUGACGAAAAACAAGUUUCCAGAUUUGGGAUUAACGUCGAUGGAGAAUUGUUUAAGACGGGUGGAUACCCAACUCGGCUGUGGCCUGUGAGCAUAUCGCAUUUUGAUCAAAAAGUAAUUAUAUUGUUCUUGACACAGGAAGACAGUGUUGAUAAUGUCGAAUCAGAAAGCGUUACUAUCGAAAUCAGAGACGGUAGCAGAAUCGAUCGCGGGUUUUAUAUAGACGUUGAUGAUUCAGAUGAUGAAGACGAUGAUCUAUAUCACAUAGUGGACGCUAAAAGAAUCUUAACUUUAGAGACUGGUUCUGUCUUACUAGCAGAGAAUGACCGUGUUUCUUGUUAUGAUAUUGACGCGCGCGAAGAGGAAAUUGGCGGCCGAGAAUGGUUUUAUAGAUCUUAUGGAAAGAAUCAUUUGCAUAACACCCGAGGCCUAGCUACAGACACAGAGGGCAACGUCUACAUUUGUGGACAAGAUUCAAAUAACGUUCAUCAGGUGUCGUCCAUGAAUUAUCGGCAAAACAGAAUUCUGAUAGCUGAUAUCAACAUGCCAUUGUCGGUGUGUGUGGAUUCAGAGCGAGACCGACUGAUCGUGGGCUGUGACGAGGACGAUUACAUUCAUGUGUUUGAAUUUAAAUAAGCAUUUUUGGUUGAGCAUGAGCACAUAUAUUUUGCAAUUAUUUUUAGUGUUGCUUUUUACAAAAGUGUCACAUCAAAUGAACGAUUGAGUAUUACAUUCGCUGUGUAGAUUGGUAUUGUGUUUGUAUAUGUUUGAAGUACGUUCAUGUUAAUUUGUAUAUAUUUGAAGUACUGUAAGAUUAUUUUGUAUAUUUUGAAGUAGUUUAAGUUAAAUUCUAUAAUGGUCUUAUGGUUCCAGCAAACUAAACUCUAACAAAUUGUCUGAUUGUUUAUGUUAUAAUCCUUAUUUAGAUAAAUAGUAUAUGUAUUUCUUUCAUAAAGUGACUUAUAACAUUAAAAUGCAAAGUAAUCUUUUGGGAACUCUAAAGGCAAUACUAUAAGCUUCUAGUGAGCCACUGCAAAACAAGGGCCGUCUAGAUCAAUCUUCUAGUGAGCCACUGCAAAACAAGGGCCGUAUAGAUCAAUCUUCUAGUGAGCCACUGCAAAACAAGGGCCGUAUAGAUCAAUCUUCUAGUGAGCCACUGCAAAACAAGGGCCGUAUAGAUCAAUCUUCUAGUGAGCCACUGCAAAACAAGGGCCGUAUAGAUCAAUCUUCUAGUGGGCCACUGCAAAACAAGGGCCGUAUAGAUCAAUCUUCUAGUGAGCCACUGCAAAACAAGGGCCGUAUAGAUCAAUCUUCUAGUGAGCCACUGCAAAACAAGGGCCGUAUAGAUCAAUCUUCUAGUGAGCCACUGCAAAACAAGGGCCGUAUAUAUCAAUCUUCUGUCGGUUGUGUGGAAAGCACUUCAAUCGUAUUGUAUGUAUUGUGUGAAUAUUUGCUAUUUCUGAUAACAAAAUGUAUACAUUGUGUAAAACAUAGCAUGUUUAUCAGACGUUACUUAAUGUAUAUGUUUGAAAUUCGACUGAGGGGUGUAGGUUUUAUUUGAAUGUUUACUUCAAUUAUAAAGUAUAAAGAAAAGUAAUCACAUGGUUAGAAUGUGAUUUUAAUAAAACAAUUUCGAUGAA